AACUAAACGGGUAUUUUACUAGUUCCUUGUUCUAAAAUGAAAAAUAAAAAAGGUUGGAAAAUUUUCGAUCUAAGCUUUGCAAAUUUGCAAUAGUUUUCGUCACAUAAUCAACACUCGAAAAUCACUCAAGCUUCGUCAAGGUAAUCCAACGCCAUCUUCAAUUUUCCAAUUUUCGGAAGGAAUCGAUCAAUUCAUCAAUCGCUAGGUUUUGGUGCUUCAGGAACUAGGGUUUUGUUGCCAAUGAUUCCUCCGAGAAGGAAGAAAUGGACCGAAGCAGAGGAGAAAACCCUAAUCGAUAAGUAUGGCGAGAUGGUGUCCGAUGGUUCGCUUUCGAAGAUGAGAACUCGCGAGAAGAAGUUUAAACCUAUAGCUUGUUAUGUGAAUUCGGUGCAUCAUCUUUGUGAUCCUGGUGUGUAUCCUUGGCAAUGGAGUUGGAAAGAUGUUUCUACUAAGGUGCAGAAUAUGAGGCAUCAGUAUCUGCUGGUGAAGCAGAAGAUUAAGAAACCGGAGUUUUCGGGAGGGGAUUGUGAUGGGAGUGAGUUUGAUUGGAUGGAGGGGGUUACUCAUUGGUCUAAUUUUCUUAGGUAUAAGGAAGUUUUUGGAGAUGUUGCGCUUGUUGGUGGUGGUGGUGGUGGUGAUCAUGUUCAUGGUGGGAAUGGUGAGUUGAUGGGGUUAGCUAAUGGUGGUCGUGAUCAUGGAAAUGGGUUUCUUGCUGGUGGGGAUGAAGGAAUGGAUAUGGUUGAGUUUGGGCAGAUGGGUCACUCGGGGGAUGGAGAUGGUGAUUUUGCGGCUGCUAUGGAUGGAGUUGAUAAUGAAGUGAUGGGAUUAGGGUUUGCGUAUGAUGCGGAAGAAGGGGAGGUGAAUUUUAAUGGGAAUGGACGGACGAGAGAGGAUGCGGAGAAUGGUUAUGUGUAUGAGGAAGGUGAAGUGACAGGGUCGAGUUUGAAGAAGAAAAGGAAGGUGGCGAAGAGGAUGGAGAAGAAGAUGUGGAGGAUUUUUGCUAACCAGUUGGGACAUUUGAGGGAAAUGGAGGUUCGAUUUGAGCAUCGCGAAGUGGAUAGAGAACACGAGAGACAGAGGAGGGAAAAUUUGCGAGGUGAGUGGGAGAAGAGAUUUGAGGAAAGGGAAAAGGAGAGGGAGGAGAGGGAGAAAGAGAGGGAAAACAUGAGAAGGCAGAGGAUGUCUGAGUGGGAAGCUAUAGAGAAGGAAAAUGAAGAGAAGGAAAGGAAAAGAAGAGAGGAAGAGUUGAUUCAUGAGAUGGAACGGGAGGAGAGAAUGAAUUGUAAGAGGCUAGAAUGGAAGAAGAGGAUCGACGACAUGCUAAAUCAGCACCGAGAAGAAAUGGGCCAGGUGCAGACUCGGAUUCUUCAAGAGCAACAGAAUCUAAGUAGCCAAUUGCUCGGUAUAUUCUCCCAGUGGACUGCCCAACCUGCUGGCCUAUCUGAUCAUACUAGUGCUAGCAACCAUUAUCUUUCACAAAUGAUGCAAAAUUUGCAUCAUGUAAAUGGUAUUGUUCACGAAGACACUAGGGUUGAAGGGGAUAAUCAAGAAGAUCAAUUCAUUGUUGAUGGAUGAUGUAUCUGCCAUUUUUGUAUUUCUUUGCCGAGGUAUCCACAAACAUUUCCGCCACCAGAAGUGGCGUAAAGUGCACAUAUUGUUCAACUUCAAUGCAUUCAUUACUGUACUCUCUUCAAAUAGGUAUUGUUGUAUACUAUGUCCAGUUUAUAUUAGUGUAACUAAUCUUCUAUAUAAUAAUAAUAAUGCAAUAUGUUCCUUGUGUUCCUCUGUAUUGAACAAUGAAA